AUGUCAUCUCUCGAGGAAUUGACAAGCAAAUUAACAACCGCAUUUGAUGGUAAAGAUUACCAGAAGUGCGACCUGCUGUUGCCAGCCAUCAAGAUCGAGCUGAUCAAAAACAACCUACUCGUUCCAACAGACCCAGACCAUGUCAACCCCAACGAUUUGUUGGUGACCAGAUCAAUUCUGGAGGUUGGUGCCAUUGUCUCGAUUAACCUCUUGAACACCGCAAAUUUCAACUCGUUUUUUUCGCAGCUUAAGUUGUUUUAUGGCCUUAGCCAAUUGCCAACCUCCAACAACAGAAACAAGCUUGUCGCUCUGUACCUCUUGUUGCUGCUAUCUCAGGGAGACUUGGCCUCUUUUCACAUUGAGUUAGAGCAAUUUGUGAAUGAAAAAAUGACUGUUGAUGAGUUGGAGCAGGACAGAUUCCUCUCCGUGCCAAUCAAGAUUGAGAAGUGGCUCAUCGAUGGGGACUGUUCCAAGGUGUACGAGAUAUUAUCACAGCAAUCCACAAAGUUCCCAUGUGAAGAGUUCCACCUUUUCAAGAACAACCUAAUUGACGCAGUGCGCACAGAGAUUGCGAGGAACAUGGAGUCCACCUACGGAUCGUUGCCUAUAGCAAACUGCAAGCUGUUGUUGUUCAUGCAGGAUUUGACUUUGAACGAUUUGGAGAACUUCAUAGCCGAGAGAGGCUGGGCUUUGACUAAUGGCGUUGUUCAGUUCAAGCCAGUUGGCCAGAGUGUUCCGGAUGGGUUGAGCAACGAGGAUGGUGAGAAGACCAUCAUCAACAAUGUGCUAGGGUAUGCGAGGGAGAUGGAGACAAUCAUUUGA